AGCGGAAGUUCCGCAACGAGUAGUAGAAGGCGCAAGUCAGCCGUUAGGGUCUUGGUCUCGCCGUGUGGUAUCAAUCACCUUCAGCUACCACGAGUUACGAUGAAGCUCCUCAUGAAGUUGCUCCCUAUCCUCGUCUUUCUCUUCAUCCCUGUGUCUCUCUCAGCAGCCCCUAGCCCGCUCGACGGAUUGACAGGAAAUGAGUCCCUCGAGUCGCUUUCCUGGUUCGAGAGGUAUCACGACUACCGGGCCCACGUGGACUACCUUCGCCGCCUGUCCGAGGAGCACCGGUCGCGCGCGAGGAUAUUCACCGCGGGCAAGUCGUUUAAGAAGCGGAACAUCUGGGGCAUUCACCUCUUCGGCAAAUCUGGCCCGCGAAAGAAGCCCGCCGUCGUCUUCUUCGGGACCGCGCACGCCCGGGAGUGGAUCACCACCAUGGUCACCGAGUACAUCGCGAGCCGCCUCCUCACGUCCUACGGCGUCAGCAAGGACGUCCGGUACGCGCUCGACAGUUUCGACUUCUACAUCUUCCCGGUCGUCAACCCGGACGGCUUCGUGCACAGCCAGACCACCCACCGCAUGUGGCGCAAGAACCGCCAGAGGCAGGACGGCACGUCCUGCGUCGGCCGUGACCUCAACCGCAACUGGGAUGUCCACUGGGACGACGGAGCCGGCGGCGGCGCGUCCGCUUGGCCCUGCCACCCCACGUACCGGGGGCACCGGGCGUUCGAUGCGCCCGAGACCAUGGCGCUGGCCACGGCGCUGCAGGCGAUCAAGCAGCGGCAGGGGCUGCGGUUGUUCAUCGACUGGCACUCGUUCGGGCAGCUCGUGAUGCACCCUUACGGGUACUCGUGCGACAAGAAGCUGCCGCGCUUCUCGGCGGCGGCGUGGCUGGCAGGCGAGCUGGCCGAGGCGAUGAGCAAGGUCCACGGCGCCGAGUACAAGGCGGGCGCGGCGUGCGAGCUGCUCUACGCCACCACGGGGGACAGCGUGGACUACGCGUUCGAGGUGCUCGGCGCCGACUACGCCUACACGAUCGAGCUGCGGCCCGGGCCGCGAGCGAGGGGCGGGUUCAGGCUGCCCGAGGACCAGAUCCUGGCGACGGCCGAGGAGGCGUGGGCUGGGGUCCGGCACGCGCUGCAGUUCAUCCAUCGCUACUAGCAUCGCCAGGUAGUAUCAGGAACAGUGUAUUACAUGCAUGUCUCAGCGCAGCGGACGAGCCGC